UUUUCGGCCGAUUCAUGUGCCGUCUGGCUACCGUGCGAUCUGGCCGCGUGUUCAUUCGCCGUUGAUGCUGCCGGUCAAGUUACGACCGUCUUCAAUUUGGACGCGAGUUGUUUCCCGUUUCUAUCUUUUACCGUACACACAACAAAAUACAUGGAUGCUCCUUGCAUGAUUCAAAAAUAGAAAAUAAAAACUUGAUAAUAGUUUACACAACCUAAUCAAUGAAUUAAGAUCGUAAAACAGCUGCCAGUAGCAUAAAUCCAAAUGGAAUUUAACAAAUCAUACACAGAAGCGAAAACAAUUGACGAAUGUUAGUGAACUUUUUUAAAUAACAGUUAUCUUCAUGGUCAUAAACUUUAAUUUAAAGAAAAUGAAAUUGACGUUUGCAACUCUGACAGUACUGGCAGUAUCUCCACUUGUUUUAUCAUUCAGCAAUCCUGUGUACGUUUCGGUGAUUCACGGCCAUGAUCAGGGAUCGUUACUGUCCAGGACAAUGGACAGAGCAAUGCCGCCGUCAGUGCGAGUGCUCUACGCUGAGUUACCGGCCAACCGGUUCAGCAUGGGUGCCCUGGAGGCUGUACUCGAUCUAUGGGCAAACAAGACGAUCGUCGCGUGCCUGCUUUUAAUUCCCGAACCCGUGGGCCUGAUACCUGCCCUCACGGCGACCAACUACAAAGUGCCCAUUCUUUGGCUUCCUUCGGUGCAAAGGGUGGACAAGGAACGUUGGAGCGAACUGGUGGUCAGGGUGUCGAUUACGCCGUGGGAACUAUUUUCAGCCCUCAGAUCGUUUUUGUUGCACACAGGGUGGCAUACAUUUUACGUAUUGCACUCCAUAACGAUUGACUCAGGCGUGCAAACAAUGCUGGGCAAGGCUCCGCUGAGUUACACGUCCGUGCCCAUAUCUUCGGACUCCUCCGACCUCAUGUUAUUCAGAUCGAUGGUAGAGCUGUCGACGUCCGAAGCGUCGGUGGUGGUGGUGGUCGGUGACCGGGUGUUGGCUCAGACCGUCUGGCGGCAGGCGGCCACGCUGGGUCUGCUGCCCACGGGCAACGUUGCGUGGCUGUGGCUGGACGUGGGCAACGCCGCGGGCAACGCGACCGCCAAGAAAAAGGGAAACGUACCGGUCGGAAUGCUGUCGAUGCGCCCGGUGCCGCUGCAGACGGACAAGCACGCCAUCCGGGCGGCGGUGCGCGUGUUCGCCGAGUGCAUCAAGGACGUGAUGGCCGCCAGGUGCGAUGGCUGGACACCAAAGGUGUCGAGGGUGGCCGACUCGUGCGUGGAUGUGCUCAAGGGCGAUGAGUUCCCCGGCGAUUUGUACAAGCAACUCAGGAGUGCGGUGCACGACGUGCUGUCUGGCAGGUCGAUUGGCCGUCGCGCCAAAGCUAAUGCCGACAAACCAGACCUCAGCCUAGCCGUUCGUUUCGAUAUUAUGAAUUCAGUUGCCAGCAACCGACACGCCCCAAAUGGAUACACGAGAACUUGGAAGAAGGUCGGCACUGUCAGCCCUUCGGGCUCGGGUGCGCAAACGGUCAAGUUGGACUCGGUUGUGUGGGCCGGAGGGAAAAUGGUACCGGGCGUGGGUCUGGGAAGGCGAGCCGUGUACAGGGUUGUCACCGCCAUCGGGCCACCGUUCGUCAUGCACGCACCCCUACAACAGGACCGUCAAUGCCUGCGUGGGAUACAAUGUUAUCAGAUGACUACGACCAAUAAGGAUAACAUAACGAUGAUUUUUAAGGACGUCAAAUUGAACAUCAAUCAAAAGUCACUGCCGGACACGUACUGUUGUUUUGGGUUGUCCAUAGACCUACUGGAAAAAAUGUCCAAAGACUUGGAAUUUGACUUUCAUCUGUAUCUGGUGGCUGACGGCACGUUUGGAUCUCGGAAGCUCCAAUGGAACGGAGUGAUCGGGGAUCUGGUGUCCGGUUCCGCGCACAUGGCUUUCUGUCCGUUGAGCGUCACGUCCACGAGAUCCAAAUGGGUGGACUUCUCGACUCCGUAUUUCUACAGCGGUGUAUCAAUGAUGGUCGCACCGAAAAGAAAGACCAACGUGCCUCUUCUCGCAUUCUUAUUGCCCCUCAGCCCCAGCCUUUGGAUCGCCAUAUUCGUGUCGCUCCACGUCACUACCGUGGCUGUUGCGCUCUACGAGUGGUUCAGCCCGUUUGGGUUGAAUCCCUCCGGCCGCCAGAGAUCGAAGAAUUUUGGAAUGCCUUCCGCGUUGUGGGCCAUGUGGGGUCUACUCUGUGGCGCGUUGGUUAACUUCAAAGCACCAAAAUCGUGGCCGAACAAAUUUCUGAUCAACGUUUGGGGUGGGUUCUGCGUGAUUUUUGUGGCGAGCUACACUGCCAACAUAGCGGCUCUGAUUGCAUCGCUGCUGUUUCAAAACGCUCAAGUGGAUUACAAUGACCGAAAUAUGUUCUCGAUGAAAGUAGGAUCGGCAAAAUCGUCGUCUGCCGAAGUUUAUUUGAAAGACGAAAAUCCUGCUCUGUGGCAACACGUUCAGAAAUAUUCUGUUCCGGACACAGCGUCUGGCAUGCGGAUGUUGAGGAAUGGGAGUUUGGACAUAUUCAUCGGUGACAAGCCUAUUUUAGACUAUUACAGUGGUACCGAUCACGACUGUAAACUUCAACCACACGGCGAUCCGCUUUACGAGGAUGUUUAUGCGGUGGGCAUGACGAAAAAUUUUAUUCUUAAGGAAAAAGUGUCUGGAGCCGUUUCGAAGUACGUGAACAACGGUUUUAUGGAUAUCUUACAAAACAAAUGGUUCAGCGAUCUGCCUUGCGUCAAUCGCGAACUGGAAACAUCGGACCUCGGACAACCGACACCGCUAGGGGUCGACGCGUUCUUAGGCGUUUUCCUUAUGCUGGGCUGCGGCAUCGUAGUGGGCGCAGUCAUCCUUUGCUUAGAACACGCAUUCUAUCAUUACGCGUUGCCCAAACUUCGACAGACGCCUCCAGACUCGAUUUGGAGGAAUCAAAACAUAAUGUUCGUCAGUCAAAAACUCUACAAGUUCAUCAAUAGCGUGGAACUAAUAUCACCGCAACACACGGCAAAAGAAUUGGUGCACACACUCAGACAAGGACAAAUCGCAUCACUGUUUCAAAAAAGCGUACGGCGCGUAAGCUUGCCUUUUAUGCACCCACAGCACGCACAGAAAGAAUUUGAACGUAGAAAACGAAAAGGUCAAUUCUUUGAAGUCAUUGAAGAAGUCCGAAGAAUACAAAGAGAAGAAAGGGACAACAACAAAAAACAAAACGUCAGGUUGACUUUAUCCAAUUCUCCGACUAGUGGUCAGUCCCCAAAGCGGACUACAGCAAAAUUUUUGUCACCGGCCAGGUUGAGCCUCGGCAGACGGUACAGUAAGCAGCGGUCGAGGAGCUCGGGAAACCUGAGCAUCCGCCGGUACAGCACGGACGUGGCGAGCUACUCGGAGACGGUGGGCCGCCGGCUGAGCCAGGGCGCGUCCAACAGCCCACCCGAUUUCAACACGCGCAAGCAGCUAAUCAGGAGAUCGUCGGGCAACCCGAGCCCCGCGGAAUCGAGCCGCAUGAGCAUAUUCUCCGCGUCCGAACUGAUCGGCGCGAAGCUCAGCAACAACAACCUGUACGUGGAGAACGACUUGCCGCGCAGUCCGAACUUGCUGUCGCCCGGCGUGUUCUUCAGAUCGAGUUUCUCGUCGGACACCUCGUCGUCACGACCCGACCUCGGAGGGAUAACGUCACGGAAAUCGAGCUACUCACAGGGACCUCCAAGGGUGGUGAUCAAUGGCGAACAGCAGCCAUCGGCCAGGCGCAAGUCGGACGACGAGCCUCCGGCCACGUUGUCGCGGAUCGUAGAGGUGAAGAGAGCGCGCAGGUCCAGCGACGGACACCGGCCGACCAAGAAUCGGAAAACGGUGGAGGUGUUCCGGUGGUUGAGACAAGCGCCUAGGACGGAGCUGGAAGCGAUGAGCAAGAUGUCCGAGGACGAAAUCAAACACUGCAUAUUGCAAGCACUCAAGGACAAAGACCCGACUUGAUUGCAAGUCGACGGCAGUCUUAGUGGCUGCAACAGCGCUAACGACGCGUCGUGAGAUGACGUGUAUUUACGGCGGCGGUACAUGUGGUGCGAUCAAGAAGAUAAGUCUUUGAAAAUCGAAAAUCAUAAUCAAAAAAAAAAAAUAAUAAUAAAGAAACCGCUCAUUCUUUUUCAUAAUUACAUAAUAAUUUUUCUUUUCAAUAUAACUCUGUCGGUUUCUAUCUCUCUGUCUCUUC